UCUGCAACUCAUCUAAAGGAGCACUGAACCCACUUCAACUUGUCCUUAGUCCAACAAAGUUCCCAAACCAGGUUUGGAAAUCUAGUUUUGUUCUCAUAAAGAGAUUGACUUGAGCCACAGCCAUUGAAUGAACAACUCUGUCUUCCAUGAACUCAAACUCAACAAGAAUAGAUCUUGUUUCCAUGGUUUGCUGCAACAUCCCAUUUGAAUGAACAACUUUCUGUCUGGUUGACUUGAAUAUUCUUUUUUUUUUUUAUGUAUUAGACACAAUGGUCUUUUUAGUUAAUUCCAGAUUUCUCUGUCUUAACAAUAUAGUUGAUGGAGUAUAAAAAAGGCCAAUCAUUCGACACACCACAUUGUGUGAGUCUAGCAGCUACAGAGAUGUCAGUAGUCAUGGCAAGGCUAAGCUCUCUCUUCUUUUUUGUUCUUCUUGUAAUCCUUCUUGUCUCAACAAGGUCUAAAGCAAAGUCAGAGGAUUCAAAGAAGCUGCAGCAUCAGGUACUAAUACCAUUGUUCAUCUUUGGAGACUCAUUUUUAGAUUGUGGAAACAACAACUACAUCAACACCACAACACUUGACCAAGCCAAUUUCUGGCCUUAUGGGGAGACAUACUUCAGGUUCCCCACCGGACGAUUCUCCGAUGGUCGUUUGAUAUCAGACUUUAUUGCUCAAUAUGCAAACUUGCCAUUGAUCCCACCAUACCUUCAACCUGGACUUGAUCAGUAUCAUUCUGGGGUGAAUUUUGCAUCUGCUGGUGCUGGUGCUCUUGUUGAAACUUUUCGAGGAUCGGUGAUUGGUCUUCAAACACAGUUGAGAUACUAUAAACGAGUAGAGGCUUGGUUCAGGCAUAAAUUUGGUGAUACUGGAGCUAAGAAGAAAUUAUCAGAAGCAGUGUACAUGUUUAGCAUUGGAACCAAUGAUUACACCAGUCCCUUUUUGACCAAUUCCCCAGUACUCAACACCACCUCCAACUCCAAAUAUGUGGGGAUGGUGAUUGGCAACUUGACAACAGUAAUCAAGGAAAUAUAUAAAACUGGUGGCAGAAAGUUUGUUUUCCUUAACUUGCCGGACUUGGGUUGUCUUCCAAGUAUGAGAAUUUUCAAACCUGAAAGAAAUGGUAGCUGUUUGGAAGAGACUUCAUCUCUAGCAAAUCAUCAUAACAGACAACUCUCCAAGCUCUUGGUCCAAUUAGAGAAACAACUUAGAGGUUUAAAGUACUUAAUAUUCAACCUCAAUCGCAGCCUUCGACAAAGAACGGAAAAUCCCUCCAAAUAUGGUUUCAAGGAAGGGGAAAUGGCUUGUUGUGGAGCAGGGAAGUUGAGAGGGAUUUUUAGCUGUGGAGGGAAAAGGCCUAACAAGGAGUAUGAAUUAUGUGAAGAUCCAAGUGAAUAUGUAUUUUGGGACUCGUUUCAUCCAAGUGAGAAAAUCCACAAACAAGUAGCAGAUCAAAUGUGGAGUGGGAUUGGAAAUCAUAAUAAUCUUAUUGGGUCUUACAACAUAAAGCAAUUGUUCCAGUCUCCUUAGCUCUUCUUUCUAAUCCAAUAGGCGUCAAAUUGUACUCUUUCUGCAAUUGUAACAGGGAAUGUGGUUACCGUGAUACUAUAGCUUGAAGAAAAAGUGUUUCUUUUGACAGAAACCAAUAGGCAAUAGUUGCCUUGGAAAAAAUGCAUUAGGAGACCAUUAAAUAGAGAAGCCAUUA